GCAGAGCCAACGCCAUCACACUGAGCAGCUACGGCGAGCAGGACGGCGACAGCAGGGCCACCAUAGCAGUGCAGUCUUUUAUUACUGUCACAUUAUUUUAUUAUAACGACCAUGGAAUAUAGCGCUGCGGACUAUUAGACGUCUCUGAACUGGGCCUCUGUUUUGGCGAAGCACAACGCAAUGUGGAGGAAAUAAAGAUCCUGAUACGCUGAAAACCAGAGAUUAUAGAUAAUGGGCUGUGUGCAAUGCAAGGAUAAGGAGGCAACCAAACUCACAGAUGACCGAGACAACAGCAUCUCCCAGGGAGCGGGCUACCGCUAUGGGGCCGACCCCACGCCGCAGCACUACCCCAACUUCGGGGUCACCGCCAUCCCCAACUACAACAACUUCCAUGCUCCUGUAGGACAGGGGAUGACCGUCUUCGGGGGAGUCAGCACUUCCUCACACACGGGAACGCUGAGGACCCGUGGUGGAACAGGAGUCACCCUCUUUGUGGCACUUUAUGACUACGAAGUGAGUGGACCAGAGCGUGUCAGCUUAUAUAAAAUGAAGUUGUAUGAAUGUUCUCCUUUCCUCACCCUAUUCCUCUUUUUGUCUUUCAGUGAAGGGGACUGGUGGGAUGCUCGCUCCCUCACUACCGGUGGCAGCGGCUACAUUCCCAGUAAUUAUGUGGCUCCAGUGGACUCUAUCCAGGCUGAAGACUGGUACUUUGGUAAACUGGGCCGCAAGGAUGCAGAGAGGCAGCUACUGUCUACUGGCAACCCUCGAGGCACCUAUCUCAUCCGAGAAAGUGAAACCACAAAGGGUGCCUUUUCCUUAUCCAUACGGGACUGGGAUGAUCUCAAGGGCGACCACGUCAAGCAUUAUAAGAUCCGCAAGCUAGACAGCGGCGGCUACUACAUCACUACCAGGGCUCAGUUUGAAACACUGCAGCAGCUGGUUCAGCACUAUUCAGAUCGAGCCGCGGGGCUCUGCUGUCGCUUGGUGGUUCCCUGCCACAAAGGCAUGCCCCGCCUCGCUGACCUGUCCGUCAAAACCAAAGACGUGUGGGAGAUCCCACGGGAGUCGCUGCAGCUGAUCAAGCGUCUCGGGAAUGGGCAGUUUGGGGAGGUUUGGAUGGGAACGUGGAAUGGCACCACUAAGGUGGCAGUGAAGACUCUGAAGCCUGGCACGAUGUCCCCAGAGUCCUUCCUGGAGGAGGCUCAGAUCAUGAAGAAACUCCGUCAUGAUAAGCUGGUGCAGCUUUACGCUGUCGUGUCUGAGGAGCCCAUUUACAUCGUCACAGAGUACAUGGGCAAAGGAAGCUUGCUGGACUUUUUAAAGGAUGGAGAAGGACGAGGGUUAAAACUGCCUAACCUGGUGGACAUGGCUGCACAGAUGCUUCACUUCACUUUUAAAAGUGCAAAGUUUCCCAUCAAGUGGACCGCCCCAGAGGCCGCGUUGUACGGGAAGUUUACCAUCAAGUCAGACGUGUGGUCGUUCGGCAUCCUGCUGACGGAGCUGGUCACCAAGGGUCGGGUGCCUUACCCAGGUAUGAACAACCGAGAGGUGCUGGAGCAGGUGGAGCGGGGCUACAGGAUGCCGUGCCCACAGGACUGCCCCAUUUCGCUGCACGAGCUGAUGCUACAGUGCUGGAAGAAGGACGCAGAGGAGCGGCCCACCUUUGAGUACUUGCAAGCCUUCUUGGAAGACUACUUCACAGCCACCGAGCCUCAGUACCAGCCUGGGGACAACCUCUAACCCCCCGCUACCACCCCCCACACCCUGUUCUUGCUUUCUCUCUCUGUCUCUCUCUCUCUCCCUCUCUCUCUCUCGGGGUCAGCUCAAGGCCUGGACACGAUUAGCUACAGCAGUGUUAUAUAAAAAACAAAAACAAAAAAACUAUGGAUCCUUUUCAGCCUGGCCUUUUUAUGUUAGGGAUGUGUACAGCUCCCUCAGCUCAACUUGGGUUCCAAUACAAACCCCCUGACGACACCGCCCUCAGUCUCCGACACGCCCCCCUAGUGUCUGAACUCUGUAAAUGCCAUAGUUAACAAAGCUGAUGGAACUGGGGUUAACUGGGGGUUGUGCUAAUGCAGUUCCUUGUAUUCAAUGUAAAUAAGAAAAGCUUGUUUUAGUUUGUCUGCUUCCGUUUCAGAUUUUAUUUUCUUCUGCACAAAAGUAAUAAUAAUGAUAAAAGGAAGUCAAGUACCUGAGGAGGCACAGUUAAUCUGUAUGUGUAUUAUACUGUAGCUUCUCUAUUAUUUUCUAGAGAUUGAAUUGGAAGGCUCUAUAUUUUUUCUCAUUUCCUAUAAAAGAGAAUUCAUCGCUUUAUUCUCUACUUUUCAGUUACACGUGUUAUUGCAUAAAGUUUCUCCUGGUGAGCAUGACACAGUCCACCUCUUUUUUCUUCUUCUUUUUUUUGCCUUCCCGUCACAAAAGCUUCUAGUUAGGCUGCUGCUGCUGCAGGUUCUUUUACAAACGAUCUGCCACAUUUUUGUAAAUCACAGCAACGUACAAGGAUUUUGACAUAUCCCUCAUUGCUAUUUGGGUGGAAAUGUUUCUGUCUUUAUACCACUGGUGUGUUAUUUUGUAGCUGGGAGACAAGAAGGAUUUUCAUUUAAGAGUAUAAAUGUCUUUGAUUGAGAAUCUUCAUUUUGAAACAGAUCGUGGGGUUUUUCCUCCUGCACGUCCUCCACCCGAGCCUGCAGGAUCAACAGGCUGCACCUGAACCAGGACCAUCUUACCUCCUGAGCUGCUUCUUCUUUUAUGUUUAAGUGACAUGAUUAUAUUGAGUCUUUGAUUUUAUUUAACCCUUUUAGGUGAUCCUUCGAGAGACAUUUGGACUAUAUGAUCAGGGGAGCUCUGGACCAGUUCAUGUCACAGGAGUCUGAAUGUGAAACGCAUUGAAAAUAAAUUGAAACCAGCUCUGGUCUGGUCUGGUCUUAAUGCAGAUGGUAUCACAGCCUUUGGUAAAUCCUCAUUUUUCAGUUGUACAGCUAAAUGGGUUUUAAGUGUCGCUAACUUCUCUCCUUUGUAUCUUUCAUUUCCAUUUUUUAUUAACAUGACUCGUUUUGUUAAUUCAGUGAUUUGGCAUUUGGAACUCAGAAAAGACCAAUAAACAUUUUACACUCUU